CAGUGUGUGGCUCUCGGAACAUGGCGGGCGUCUGCGACGCGGCCGCCCCGGGAGAAGGCGGCGGUGGCGGCGCGGACGGCCCCGAGCGGACCGGCCGCGGCGAGGCAGAGCAGCCGGGCGGUGGCGGCCAUGGGCCCGCGCCCCAGCACACCGAGACGCUGGGUUUCUACGAGAGCGACCGGCGGCGGGAGAAGCGCCGCGGCCGCGCAGAACUGUCAUUAUUGAGGUUCCUCAGUGCUGAACUGACAAGAGGGUACUUCCUUGAACAUAACGAAGCCAAGUAUACAGAGCGAAGAGAAAGGGUGUACACUUGUAUGCGAAUACCAAGAGAAUUGGAAAAGCUCAUGUUCUUUGGAAUAUUUUUGUGCCUCGAUGCCUUUCUGUAUGUGUUCACCCUGCUUCCUUUAAGAGUCUUUCUGGCGCUGUUCAGGCUCUUCACUCUGCCCUGCUAUGGCUUAAGGGACAGACGUUUGCUUCAGCCCGCACAGGUGUGUGACAUUUUGAAGGGUGUCAUCUUGGUAAUCUGCUAUUUCAUGAUGCACUAUGUUGACUACUCCAUGAUGUACCACCUGAUCAGGGGGCAGUCUGUCAUCAAGCUCUACAUCAUCUACAACAUGCUAGAGGUAGCCGAUCGUCUGUUUUCCUCGUUUGGACAAGAUAUCUUAGAUGCUCUCUACUGGACAGCCACAGAGCCGAAAGAAAGAAAAAGAGCACACAUCGGCGUAAUUCCUCACUUCUUCAUGGCUGUUCUCUAUGUCUUUCUACAUGCAAUUCUUAUCAUGGUUCAAGCGACAACUCUCAAUGUAGCUUUUAACUCUCACAACAAGUCACUGCUUACGAUCAUGAUGUCUAAUAAUUUUGUUGAAAUUAAAGGAAGUGUAUUCAAGAAGUUUGAAAAGAACAAUCUUUUUCAGAUGUCAAAUAGUGAUAUUAAGGAACGAUUUACAAAUUACGUGCUUUUGCUAAUAGUGUGCUUAAGAAACAUGGAGCAAUUUUCUUGGAAUCCAGAUCAUCUCUGGGUGUUGUUUCCUGACGUCUGUAUGGUGAUUGCAUCAGAAAUUGCUGUGGAUAUUGUAAAGCAUGCCUUUAUCACCAAAUUCAAUGACAUCACUGCAGAUGUCUACAGUGAAUAUAGAGCCAGCCUUGCUUUUGACCUUGUUAGUAGCCGACAAAAAAAUGCAUACACAGACUACAGUGACUCGGUAGCACGAAGAAUGGGAUUUAUUCCUCUCCCGCUGGCUGUCUUACUCAUCAGAGUUGUAACAAGCUCAAUUAAAGUGCAAGGAAUCCUGUCCUAUGCCUGUGUCAUACUCUUCUAUUUUGGGUUGAUCUCCUUAAAAAUACUUAAUAGCAUUGUGCUAUUGGGAAAGUCAUGUCAAUAUGUGAAGGAAGCCAAAAUGGAAGAGAAGCUAUUUAAUCCUCCCCCAGCCAGCACACCCGGAAAACCCUCCAAUAAAUCCCAGAGCAAGUGCAAGUCCUCUCAAGGCCUUUCCACAGAAGAAAACCUGUCUGCUUCCAUCACCAGCCAGCCUGUUCAUCAGAAAGAAAAUGUCAUACCCUUGCUUGUAACCAGCAAUUCUGAUCAGUUUCUGACAACCCCAGAUGGUGAUGAGAAGGACAUAACACAGGAGAAUUCUGAGUUAAAACACAGAUCCUCAAAGAAAGAUUUGUUAGAGAUAGACAGGUUCACAAUCUGUGGGAACCGGAUUGACUGAGUCUGUGGCUAGUGAGAUGAAGACGCCAGGCCCCGGGCCACAAAUGCUGGGUGCCAGGACACUUGCUAAAAAUGGCACUUAAAUAUUUAUUUAAAAACUUAAAUUAUUAAUGGCAAGCAAAUCUUAGUAUCUUUCUUCCAGUAAUGUGGCCUUGCAGAAGGGCAGAUCACGGAACAGCGAUGGCCUCUGGCCUUGACUCUGGAUGCUGACGGCUGAUGGACACUUCCUCCUGCUUGGCCAACAGCAGUGCCACUUCCAGCACUUGGUCAGAACACUGCAAAAGCUCCUUUCCUUUGUCGGCCUGGGCUUCCAGAAUGUUGGGUUUUCCUCAAGGCCUCUUCAGUAUAAGGACACACCUGGGAAACUGUGAAGCUUUUUACCAUGAGUUACUUUUCCAGCCUCAAGACUGUUUCCACACACUCUUUCCAAACUUGACUCCAUCUGCCAAAGCAUUGACAAGUUAUUACAUAUAAAUCCAUAUAAAUGUUCUUACCACCAGAGUCAUCCUUGGCAAUACAUCUGAGCUAGUCAGAAUAGAAGGCUGCUUAACUACAAGUGACGAAUAGCAGCGUCCAAUAAGGAACAAGGAGCUCUUGGCCCAGUCACUUACUUUAUGAAGGUCAUGUAUCACUGAGAAAUGCUUCCUGCUGCCUCAGUUACUCUCAGGGCAGAGUAUGGGCUGUGUGGCACAGGCACAGUGACAGUAAAAGGCACAGAGCAAUGUCAACUUUAAGGUGCAGUAUAGCCUGGCUUUGCUUUAUGGCUAAUUGCUUUAUCGGUUAUUCCAAGUUCAAGGAUUUGGUGUUGAGUUGGCUGAAGAGCUGAUACUAGCAAUACGCUAGUUUGUUGUUGCUCUUUGGUUGGUUUUGAGUAACAGUUUUAAAGUAUUCCCAGCAGACUGAGCAGCAUCGCCUUGCUAGGCUUGUAAAAUGCCUUUGUCUGUCUGUCUGUCGGUGUGUUCUGUGUGGGGAGGAAAUGGUAAGUGCUUGUGCUGGGAGAGACCCUCACAUCACCGACUGUAAAUGGGGUGUUUGGGACAUGAGGGGCUACUACAGUGUGGACACUGUAACUAGCAACCAAAAGGUGCUCUGAGGUUUUUGUUUGAGAAAAAGAUGCUACCCUGCUUCAUUACUACCUAUUGGCAUCCAAGGACAAGUUCUCCAUACCCCACUUUAUCUUGAUCUUUUCUGCACUUCUCUUAGAAAGUUGACCGUUUCUGAUCUGAACUGUCUUGAAGAUGGUACUCUUAACUUCAUUUCCUAUGCUAUCUUCCGAAACUCAGCUCUUAUGCAAACAUUUUGGGCACAGAUGGCAAAGUUUAAAUGGUUUGCCUGUAUCCUGGAUAAGCAUAAAACUAGUUUGGAUGCUUUGGCGUAUGCAUUUGAGAUACAAGAGGGUUUCUAAUGUUUUGCACUAACAGAAUCUAAAGAUAGCUGUUGGAGAUACUAUAUAUUUAUGCCUAGUAAAAUCAGGAAGCAAUUUUAAGUUUAAAAUGAGCAUUUUUAUUUUGUGUAUGUUUUAGUGGGGCCCCACUUUUAAACUAUUCUUUUUUACCACAAGAAAGUGUCCAUGGCAACCAGGAGCAGUGCAGAGAAUUCUUUGCCAAACGCAGCCCUGGUCAGAACAAGAACACGGCCUAGAUGUAUCUUUCUGUUCAGCUUGAGUUUUCUGUUUCCGCGCUGUUCUCUGAAAAUCGCAUUUCCUUUGCAGAUGCUCUUGGGAGUGUGGAUGAUACUCAGCUCUGUCAUAAUGGCAUUCAGUACUAAUUUUAUAAGUGCAUCUUGUGUGAAACAAUAAAUUCAAUUUUAUAAUCUUUUUUAAAAA